UGAGUACGGCGCCCGCCGCUGCCGCCGCGGGUCCCGGAGCCAGAGGCCGCCCGAGCCGGAUCGCUAUGGAGCGAGGGCCACAGGCGGGGAGGCGCCGCCGCGGAGCGCGCGGCCCAACGCCCCCUCAGUGAGCGCUCGAGCCGCUGCGGCGCCACCGAGCUCGGUCGCGCCCGAGGGGCCGCCUCGCUGGCCUCGGAACCCGCGCCGUCUCCGUCGCCUUCCCGCGCGGGCCGCGGGCCGGGAGCCGGGUCGGGGCUGCAUGGCCUCGCCUGCGCGCCGCCGCUGAGCCCGCGGAGCUGCGCCGUGCAGAGCCGGAAUAUAUGCCACACUGCUCUGGACACACCUCUAUUGGAUUUAAUAUCAACAUCGACUUUCAGCUAUGGAAUCGCAGACUGUUGAUGAUGAAGCGAUGGCCGUAUAAAUGAAGAUCAAGUGAGGGGAGAAGAACGAUGCCCAAGGGUGGGUGUUCUAAAACACCACAGCAAGAAGAAUUUUCUCUCAGCAACGACAUGGUGGAGAAACAAACAGGGAAAAAGGAUAAAGAUAAAGUUUCUCUAACCAAGACCCCAAAGCUGGACCGCAGUGAUGGAGGGAAGGAGGUGAGAGAGAGAGCAACCAAACGGAAGCUGCCCUUCACAGUGGGGGCCAAUGGAGAGCAGAAGGACUCAGACACAGAUGCCUCCAGCUCAGUCCAUGUCGUGGUUCAAGGCGGGUUCGCUCCUCGAAGCGCCAUGGCAUGAAAUGGAGGUGCCUAGAAGCAAGAAGAAAGAGAAGCAGGGUCCUGAGCGGAAGAGGAUUAAGAAGGAGCCUGUCACCCGGAAGGCCGGGCUGCUGUUUGGCAUGGGGCUCUCUGGAAUCCGAGCCGGCUAUCCCCUCUCUGAGCGCCAGCAGGUGGCUCUCCUCAUGCAGAUGACAGCUGAAGAGUCUGCAAACAGCCCAGUAGAUACAACACCAAAGCAUCCCUCCCAGUCGACAGUGUGUCAGAAGGGGACGCCUAACUCUGCCUCAAAAACCAAAGAUAAAGUGAAUAAGAGAAAUGAGCGGGGAGAGACCCGCCUGCAUCGAGCUGCCAUCCGAGGAGAUGCCCGACGCAUCAAGGAGCUCAUCAGUGAGGGGGCGGAUGUCAACGUUAAGGACUUUGCAGGCUGGACAGCACUGCACGAGGCAUGUAACCGGGGCUACUACGACGUUGCCAAGCAGCUGCUAGCUGCGGGUGCAGAGGUGAACACCAAGGGCCUGGACGAUGACACACCCCUACAUGAUGCUGCCAACAAUGGGCACUACAAGGUGGUGAAGCUGCUGCUGCGCUAUGGAGGGAAUCCUCAGCAGAGCAACAGAAAGGGCGAGACACCACUGAAGGUGGCCAACUCCCCGACUAUGGUGAACCUCCUGUUGGGCAAGGGCACCUACACGUCCAGUGAGGAGAGCUCAACUGAGAGCUCAGAGGAGGAAGACGCCCCGUCAUUCGCACCUUCUAGUUCAGUUGAUGGAAAUAACACAGACUCUGAGUUUGAAAAAGGCCUAAAGCAUAAGGCUAAGAAUCCAGAGCCACAGAAAACUGUGACCCCUGUCAAGGACGAGUAUGAAUUUGACGAGGAUGACGAGCAGGACAGAGUCCCUCCAGUGGAUGACAAACACUUAUUGAAAAAGGAGUACAGAAAAGAGACUAAAUCAAAUAGUUUUAUUUCUAUACCCAAAAUGGAAGUGAAAAGUUACACUAAAAAUAACACGAUUGCACCAAAGAAAGCGGCUCAUCGCAUUUUGUCAGACACCUCAGAUGAGGAGGACAUUAGUGUCACUGUGGGGACAGGAGAGAAGCUGAGACUCUCAGCACAUGCGAUAUUGCCCAGUAAUAAAACACGAGAGCCUUCUAAUUCCAAGCAGCAGAAGGAAAAAAAUAAAGUGAAAAAGAAGCGAAAGAAAGAAACAAAGGGCAAAGAAGUGCGAUUUGGGAAAAGGAGUGACAAGUUCUGUUCCUCUGAGUCAGAAAGCGAGUCCUCAGAGAGUGGAGAGGACGAUGGGGACUCAGUGGGGAGCUCUGGCUGCCUCAAGGAGUCCCCACUGGUGCUGAAGGACCCCUCCCUGUUCAGCUCCCUGUCUGCCUCCUCCACCUCAUCUCAUGGGAGCUCUGCCACCCAGAAGCAUAACCCCAGCCACACAGACCAGCAUGCCAAGCACUGGCGGACAGACAAUUGGAAAACCAUUUCUUCUCCCGCCUGGUCAGAGGUCAGCUCCUUAUCAGACUCCACAAGAACAAGACUGACCAGUGAGUCUGACUGCUCCUCCGAGGGCUCCAGUGUGGAGUCACUGAAACCAGUAAGGAAGAGGCAGGAGCAUAGGAAGCGGGGCAGCCUGCAGAGCGCUCUGUCAGAAAAGAAGAGCUCCUUCCACCCCAGUGUGGAUGGUGCCAUUCCCAAGCUAGACAAGGAGGGGAAAGUGGUCAAGAAACAUAAAACAAAACAUAAACACAAAAACAAGGAGAAAGGGCUGUGUUCAGUCAGUCAAGAACUCAAAUUGAAAAGUUUCACUUACGAAUAUGAGGACUCCAAGCAAAGGUCAGAUAAAGCUAUACUCUUAGACAAUGACAUAUCCACUGAAAACAAGUUAAAAGUAUUAAAGCAUGAUAGAGACCACUUUAAGAAAGAGGAGAAACUUAGCAAAAUGAAGUCGGAAGAAAAAGAAUGGCUCUUUAAAGAUGACAUAAUAAAGGUCUCCAAGGAUGAAAAGUCACUCAAGAGAAUCAAAGACACAAACAAAGACAUAAGCCGGUCUUUCAGAGAAGAGAAGGACCGUUCAAAUAAAGCAGAAAAGGAGAAAUUAGUGAAAGAAAAGUCUCCAAAAGAGGAAAAACUGAGACUAUACAAAGAAGAAAGAAAGAAAAAAUCCAAGGACAGGCCCUCAAAAUUAGAGAAAAAGAAUGAUUUUAAAGAAGACAAAAUUUCAAAAGAGAAGGAAAAGACUUUCAAAGAUGAUAAAGAAAAACCCAAAAAAGAAAAAAUUUACAGGGAAGAUUCUGCUUUUGAUGAAUACUGUAACAAAAGUCAGUUUCUGGAGAAUGAAGACACCAAAUUUAGCCUUUCUGAUGAUCAGCAAGAUCGAUGGUUUUCUGACUUGUCUGAUUCAUCCUUUGAUUUCAAAGGGGAGGAUAGUUGGGAUUCUCCAGUGACAGACUAUAGGGACAUUAAAAAUGAUUCUGUGGCUAGACUGAUUUUGGAAACGGUGAAAGAGGACAGUAAAGAAAAGAAGCGGGAAAACAAAAGCCGGGAGAAACGAGACUACAGUGAAAAACGAAGUGAGAAAGAUGCUUUCUUUAGAAAGAAAGAAAGGGACUAUCUGGAUAAAAACUCUGAGAAGAGAAAAGACCAAAUUGAAAAGCAUAAAAAUAUACCCAGCUAUCUUUCAGAAAAGGACAAAAAGAGGAGAGAGUCCGCUGAAGGUGGACGAGACAGAAAGGACAGGGAUCUGAGUGACAUCUGCAGGGACAGGAAGGACACUCUGGAGAGUGCCAAGGAGCGGAAAGAUGGCAGAGUGAAGGCCGAGGAGGCAUACAGGGAGGACCUGAAGGAGUAUGGCUGCGAAAGCGUAUUCAAGGACAGGUCUGACUGUGACUUUGGGAAGAGUCUGGAGCCUUGGGAAAGGCAUCAUCCAGUGAGAGAGAAGGAGAAGAAAGAUGGCCUUGAGAAGGAGAAGAAGGAAAAAAUAAAACUAGAAAAAUACAAAGAUAAGUCCAGUGACAAAGAUAAAAAUGAAAAAUCUAUCCUUGAAAAAUGUCAGAAGGACAAAGAAUUUGAUAAAUGUUUUAAAGAGAAAAAAGAUACUAAAGAAAAACAUAAAGAUAUACAUAGCAAAGAAAAGGAGAGAAAAACAUCUCUUGACCAAAUUAAAGAAAAAAAGGAGAAGAGUUUCCCUGGAAUUAUCUCAGAAGACUUCUCUGAAAAAAAAGAUGAAAAAAGGAGUAAAGAGAAAAGCUGGUAUAUUGCAGAUAUAUUCACAGAUGAAAGUGAAGAUGAAAAAGAUUAUACAGCAAGCGGAUUCAAAAUUGGAGAGGCCAGUGAAGUGCAGAGGGCAGACAGCCUCCAGGAAAAAGAUGACGGGAGGGAGCCAUACCCCUCAGACAGACACCGGAAGCACUCUGCUGACAGGCAGCACUUGGAGAAGCAGAAAGAGAAAGAACUCAAAGAAAAGAAAAAGGAAAAAGGAGCCAUGGAAGUGGGGAAAGACAAAAAAGAAAAGGUCUUUGAAAAGCACAAAGAGAAGAAGGAUAAAGAAUCUACAGAAAAAUGUAAGGACAGGAAAGACCGAACUUCAGUUGAUUCUACUCAGGAAAAGAAAAACAAACAGAAGCCCCCCGAGAAGGUGGAAAAGAAGCCCUCUGCCGAAGACAAGGCCAAGAGCAGGCAUAGGGAGAGACCAGACAAGGAGCACUGCAGAGAGAGGAAGAUGUCAAAAAGUGCCGAGGUGGAGAAGAGCCUUCUGGAAAAGUUGGAGGAAGAAGCUCUGCAUGAGUACAGGGAAGACUCCAACGACAAGAUCAGUGAGGUGUCCUCUGACAGCUUCACGGACCGAGGGCAGGACCCAGGACUGAGUUCCCUCCUAGAGGUGUCUUUCACAGAGCCUCCAGAGGAGAGGAUAAAGGAGAACUGCCCACAGGAGAAGCUGAAGGAGAAAGAAAGGCACAGGCACUCUUCAUCCUCAUCCAAGAAAAGCCAUGAUCGAGAGCGAGUCAAGAAAGAAAAGUCCGAUAAAAAAGAAAAGAGUGAUGACUACAAGGACAUUGGCAGCAGGAAGGACUCUAGCCAGUAUGAAAAGGAUUUCUUGGAUGCUGAUGCUUAUGGUAUGUCUUACAGUACAAAAACUGACAUAGAAGAUGAAUUAGAUAAAACCACUGAAUUGUUUUCAACUGAAAAGAAGGAUAAAAAUGAUUCCGAGAGGGAGCCUUCCAAGAAAAUAGAAAAAGAGCUAAAGCCUUAUGGAUCUAGUGCCAUCAACAUCCUAAAAGAGAGAAAGAGACGAGAGAAACACCGAGAGAAGUGGAGAGAUGAGAAGGAGAGACAUAGGGACAAGCAUGGGGACGGGCUCCUGAGACAUCACAAGGAUGAGCACAAGCCAGCAGCCAAAGAUAAGGACAGUCCUCCAAGUUCCUUUAAAGAUAAGUCCAAGGAUGAAAGCCUGAAACUCACUGAGACCAAACUGAAGGAGAAAUUUAAGGAAAAUCUAGAGAAAGAAAAAGGUGACUCUGUAAAGAUCAGCAAUGGAAAUGAUAAGUUACCGCUGUCCAAAGACCCAGGUAAGAAAGAUGUCAGGCCCAGAGAGAAACUUCUGGGAGAUGGUGAUCUGAUGAUGACCAGCUUCGAGAGAAUGCUCUCCCAGAAAGACCUGGAGAUUGAGGAGCGCCACAAACGGCACAAAGAAAGAAUGAAACAGAUGGAGAAGAUGAGGCACAGGUCUGGAGACCCUAAGCUCAAGGAGAGGAUGAAGCCAGGUGAGGAUGUGCGGAAGAAGAGUCUGGAUGUUCCUCCAAAGAAGCCGCUGGGGCUGGAUCCUGUCCUUAAAGACAAAAAGCUCAAGGAGUCUGCUCCUGCCCCACCAGCCCCUGAGAAUAAGCCCCACCCAGGAACAGCUGUGGACGCCAGAGACUGGUUGGCGGGACCUCAUAUGAAAGAGGUCUUGCCUGCUUCCCCCAGACCUGACCAGAACCGGCCCACUGGGGUGCCCACCCCUGCAUCCGUGGUGUCUGGCCCCAGCUACGAGGAGGCGAUGCACACACCCAGGACCCCAUCCUGCAGCGCUGAUGACUAUUCUGACCUGUUUGACUGCACAGAUACCCCGCCUGUCUCCAGCACGGCUGCCAGUGCCUGCUCCCCCUCCUUCUUUGAUAGAUUUUCUGUGGCAGCAAGCGGGAUUUCAGAGACCCCAAGCCAGACUCCUACCAGGCCUCUGUGCACAAACCUUUAUCGUUCAGUCUCUGUUGAUAUCAGGAGGACUCCUGAAGAAGAAUUCAGCAUUGGGGACAAGCUGUUCAGACAGCAGAGUGUCCCUACUGCAUCCAGUUAUGACUCACCAGGGCAGCACUUGGAGGACAAGGCCCCUGUGCCCCCAGGUCCUCCAGAAAAGUUUGCCUGCUUGUCCCCGGGGUAUUACUCCCCAGACUAUGGCAUCUCCUCCCCUAAGGUGGACACUCUGCACUGCCCGCCCACAGCUGUGGUCACCACCACCCCUUCCCCAGAGGGUGCCUUCUCUGGUUUACAAGCAAAGUCCCCCACCUCACACAGAGAUGAGCUGUUGGCCCCGUCCAUGGAGGGGGCCCUUCCCCCUGACUUGGGCAUUCCCCUGGAUGCCACAGAGGACCAGCAGGCCACCGCUGCCAUCAUCCCCCCAGAGCCCAGCUACUUGGAGUCCCUGGAUGAGGGCCCCUUCAGCACGGUAAUCACAGAGGAGCCAGUUGAGUGGGCUCAUCCCACUGCCUCGGAGCAGGGGCUCUCUCCCAGCCUAAUUAGGAGUGGCCCUGAAAACCCUGUCAGCUGGCCAGUGGGGUCAGACCUUAUGCUUAAGUCUCCACAGAGAUUCCCAGAGUCCCCAAAACAUUUCUGCCCUGCUGAGUCCCUUCACCCUGCUGCCCCUGGACCCUUUGGCACCACAGAGCCCCCUUAUCCAGUCUCCUCUGUCUCAUACCCUCUGUCGGUCCCUGAGCCAGGACUUGAGGAAGUCAAAGAUGCCUCGGUGGAAACAGUCCCAGCCACCAUCUCCACUGCAGAAGAACCGGCCCCUUUCACCCCUCCCUCCAGGCUGGAAUCUUUCUUCAGUAGCUGCAAGUCACUUCCUGAAGCACCUCCUGAUGUGCCCCCAGAGCCUGUGUGUAUGACCACUGUGGCUCAGGUGGAGGCUCUGGGGCCUCUGGAAAAUACCUUCCUGGAAAAUGGCCACAGUCUGUCUGCUCUUGGCCAGGUAGAGCCAGUGCCCUGGCCUGAUGCUUUCCCCAACUCUGAGGACGACCUGGACCUGGGGCCUUUCUCAUUGCCAGAGCUUCCUCUACAAACUAAAGAUGUUUCUGAUGUUGAAACAGAACCCAUAGAAGAGAAUCCUCUUGUUCCUCCAGAAAGUAUGCCUGCAGGGGCCCCCGUGGUCCUGAAUGGUGGGGAUGUGGCUGCACCAGCUGCGGAAGAACAGCUCCUGCUGCCUCCUGACCAGGCAGCUACCCGCCCUGCCGAGCCUGAGCCUGAGCCCUCAGAGGGGCCAAAGCCAGACAUGAUUCUGGAAGCUACAGUGGAAGCAGAGGCUAUAUCGGAGGGGAGGGCCCCUGAGGCCUCCGACUCCAGCCUGGGGCUCACACCAACCACCCCAGAGCAGCGUCCGCCAGGUAGUGGAGAUGAGGCAGAGGGCCCAGACCCCUUGGCAACAUCCCACAGCACACCUGAGCCCUCUGAGGAUGGCCCUGCACAGACACAGGUGAUGAACGGGGCUGGCCCCCAUGACAGUGCUGGGCUUGAGGGGCCUCCAGGAAGCAUCCAGCCUGAAACUAUAGAAUCAGACCCCAGACCCACAGCUGAAGCCCCAAAGGCCCCCAAAGUGGAGGAGAUCCCCCAGCGCAUGACCAGGAACCGGGCUCAGAUGUUGGCCAACCAGAACAAGCAGAGUUCACCUCCUUCUGAGAAGGACCCUGUUCCUGCUCCCACCCCCAGAGUGAAGGGUAGAGGCUCCGAGGAGGAGGACCCCCAGGCCCAGCACCCACGCAAACGCCGUUUCCAGCGCUCCAGCCAGCAGCUACAGCAGCAGAUGAACACAUCCACGCAGCAGACACGGGAGGUGAUCCAGCAGACGCUGGCCGCUAUCGUCGAUGCCAUAAAGCUGGAUGAUAUUGAGCCCUACCACAGUGACAGAUCCAACCCGUACUUUGAAUACUUGCAGAUCAGGAAGAAGAUCGAGGAGAAGCGGAAGAUACUCUGCUACAUUACCCCGCAGGCACCCCAGUGCUAUGCUGAGUACGUCACCUACACAGGCUCCUACCUCCUAGACGGCAAACCGCUCAGCAAGCUGCACAUCCCUGUGAUUGCACCCCCUCCCUCCCUGGCGGAGCCCCUGAAGGAACUUUUCAAGCAGCAGGAGGCCGUGAGGGGGAAGCUGCGCCUGCAGCACAGCAUUGAGCGGGAAAAAUUGAUCGUAUCCUGUGAACAGGAGAUCCUGCGGGUGCACUGCCGGGCGGCAAGGACCAUCGCGAACCAGGCAGUGCCAUUCAGUGCCUGCACCAUGCUGCUGGACUCAGAGGUCUACAACAUGCCUCUGGAAAGCCAGGGUGAUGAGAACAAGUCUGUGCGAGAUCGAUUCAACGCCCGCCAGUUCAUCUCCUGGCUCCAGGAUGUGGAUGACAAGUACGAUCGCAUGAAGACAUGUCUCCUGAUGCGGCAGCAGCAUGAGGCUGCGGCCCUCAAUGCUGUGCAGAGGAUGGAGUGGCAGCUAAAGGUCCAGGAGCUGGACCCCGCUGGACACAAGUCCCUGUGUGUGAAUGAGGUGCCCUCUUUCUACGUGCCCAUGGUAGAUGUCAAUGAUGACUUUGUGCUUCUGCCAGCCUGAUGCACACAGGACAGCUGCACAGGACACAAGCAAGGGCCACAUGGGUCAGCCCAGCGCUGCUGCUGAGUCCAGACAGCGGAAGGAGACCUUGUCCCUCAAGUAGGAACAACCAGGGAAAAACCUGCACUUUGCCCCCUGGAGAAUGGCUCUUUUAUACCAGCUGUCAAGGGAGGACAAGGAGACCUCGGGGACAGACAUGGCAGCCUUGUGGUCUGUUUUCCAGCCAGCUGCACGGGCAUUUCAGGAGCUGCAGAACGGAUUGUGUUUUUUUAAAAGUUCUUGUUCCAUUCUGAUCAACUAAAGGAAAUAAAAUUACGGCAUCCACUCCUCACAGACUGUGACCGUCAAGUCAGAGCAGGGGGAGUGCCGUCCUGGCUGCAGCCCUGUUGCCAUGGAGCUGCUGACAGCCUGGGGCCUCAGACUGGGGCUGGGACACUGCGCCGCCCGCCUGACUGCCACAGAGGGACACAGAGCCAGGACUCUCCGGUUGUGUUUUUAAUGGAGUCAAAUCCACGUGGUUUGUAUAUUUUUUCCUUUAAUCUUGGGCAUUUUGUUUCUCUUUCUGAGAACAUAACUUGAAACACUACAGAGCCAAUAAUCAUAUAAAAAGUGUACCCGUAAACGCUGUACAGUUUUAUACACAUUCACAAUGUACUUUUGCUGCCUUCUAGAUAAUUUAUUUUGCAACACAUUACUGCACAGUUGUAAAUAACUUAUGUACUGUAACAUCACUUCAGUUAUGUGUAAAGAAAUAAAUAAAUUAAUUAAA